CCGUGCUGUUUGACUCUUGCUCAGCUCCUGCUUGACUCUUGCCCCGUACGAGUUUGAUUGCAACCGGUCGCAUCCCUCCCACCUCUUCCUCUACAAAGCGGUUUGCCAUUAUUAGCCUUUGCAAGCUUCCCCUCACCAUCAUCUUCCUCCCCGAACCGGACCUACUCGAGAUCGCAGCUUCGCAACCGUCAUCAACUAGUCGUGGCUUGGCUCUUGCACAUCCGCUACGUACGUCCUUCUCCUGCACUUGGCGGAAACCUGCAGCAAGCCAACACAGGCCCCGGAAGCCAGUUCAGUUGCCGGCUCAUACACUACUCGGGAAUCGCUGUCAUCUUCCUGUCUCCCCCGCCCGCCGGUCAACGACCGAGAAGCCGAAAAUACCCUUCAUAUUCGCGCGCAACCGCCGCCACUACCCAAUUUCCACCGCCAUCAUGAACGCAGCCCGUUUCCUCCGCCGACCCGCAACCUUUGCCCUCCGCCCAUCCUUCUUCGUUCCCCCCUCCAGCUUCUCCCCCGCCCCCGCGUCAUUCAUCGCCGUCCGCACAAUGGCGUCCGCCGUUCAGAAGAUCAAGGUCAAGAACCCCGUCGUCGAGCUCGACGGCGACGAGAUGACCCGCAUCAUCUGGCAGACCAUCAAGGACAAGUUUAUCCACCCCUACCUCGACAUAGACCUCAAGUACUACGACCUCGGCCUGCCCUACCGCGACGAGACCAACGAUCAGGUCACCCUUGACGCCGCCGAGGCCAUCAAGAAGUACUCGGUCGGUGUCAAAUGCGCCACCAUCACACCCGAUGAGGCCCGCGUUGAGGAGUUCAAGCUCAAGAAGAUGUGGCUCUCCCCCAACGGUACCAUCCGCAACCACCUUGGCGGCACUGUCUUCCGCGAGCCCAUCGUCAUCCCCCGCAUCCCGCGACUGGUGCCCGGCUGGAAGAAGCCUAUCAUCAUCGGCCGCCACGCGUUCGGCGACCAAUACCGCGCCAAGGACGCCGUCCUCCCCGGCCCGGGCACCCUCAAGAUGGUCUACACACCCGAAGGUGGUGAACCCCAGGAGAUUGAGGUCUUCAAGUUCAAGCAGGGUGGUGGUGUCGCCCAGACCCAGUACAACACGGACGAGUCCAUUACCGGCUUCGCCCACGCCUCCUUCAAGCUUGCCCUCGACAAGAAGCUACCCCUGUACAUGAGCACCAAGAACACCAUCCUCAAGAAGUACGAUGGCCGCUUCAAGGACAUCUUCCAAGAACUCUACGACACUCAGUACAAGGCCGACUUCGAAGCGGCCGGCAUCUGGUACGAGCACCGCCUCAUUGACGACAUGGUCGCCCAGAUGAUCAAGAGCUCCGGUGGCUACAUCAUGGCCCUCAAGAACUACGAUGGUGACGUCCAGUCCGACAUUGUCGCCCAGGGCUUCGGCUCCCUCGGCCUCAUGACCUCGGUCCUCAUCACUCCCGACGGCAAAACCUUCGAGUCUGAGGCGGCCCAUGGCACUGUGACGCGCCACUUCCGCGAGCACCAGAAAGGCAAGGAGACGUCGACCAACCCCAUCGCCUCUAUCUUCGCCUGGACCCGCGGUCUCAUCCAGCGCGGCAAGCUCGACGACACCCCCGAGGUCGUCGCCUUCGCCGAGUCCCUCGAGAAAGCCUGCAUCGACACUGUCGACGUCGAUGGCAUCAUGACCAAGGACCUCGCGCUCGCCUGCGGCAAGUCCGCCCGCGAGGACUAUGCCACCACCAACGAGUACCUCGACGCCGUCGAGCGCCGCAUGAAGGCUAUCCUCAAGGAGAAGCUGUAAACCGUCGGUUUGCCCUUGCUAAAAGCGGCCGGGAGGCAUGCCACGAUCACAUUUUUCUCAAAGGCAAAAGCAGGAAGCUUGCUGCGAGACGAUACCCAUGAAAUAUAAGAAACAGUUGGGCGGCAGAGUCCGGGAGGGUUUGCUCCCUUUUUCAAGAACACUACUAUAUCUAUGGGCCUGCGAUCUUACUUUUUGCCUUUUUUUUUCUUUUUUUUUUUUCGCAUUUGAACGUCAAU